GGGGGAAAGGGGGAAAAAAAAAAAAAAAAAAAAAAAAAAGAAGAAGAUGAAGUAACUUGGAAAUAGUAAACCGAACAGUACCACCGAUCUCUUUAACUCGCGGCAUCUUCAGUAGGCGUCCACGCGCUCGCGACGAAACACACCUCCUCCAGGCCGGUUACGUCUUAUCGCCACGACACGCGCUCUCGUGGAUUCAUUCAUACUCGGUCGCGAAAAAUAUAUUCAAUCGGAAGAUAACGUCGCUGCAACGACAAGUGAAUCAAGAGCCCGAUAAAAACAUGGACCUACUCGCUGUAUCGCCGCUCGUGCUCUCGGACGACGUCAGGCGGCAAAAGAUCGAGCAGAAAUUGGCGAAGCUGCACUUUUCCCCAGGGACAGUCAGGAAAAUCCAAGAUGUGUUCUUGUCUGAAAUGAACAAAGGGAUUCAUCUGCAGCCGUCGUCGCUGCAGAUGGAGAACACUUAUGUUCCGGAACUACUCGAUGGCACAGAGGAAGGCAUGUAUUUGGCCCUGGAUCUAGGAGGUACAAACUUCCGGGUGCUUUUGUUGGAGCUGGCGCAAGGGAUACCGAUACGGGAAGAAGUGAAGAAGUAUCAUAUUAGCUCCGAUCUGAGAGUGGGCUCGGCAAUUCGUCUGUUUGAUUAUCUCGCCGAAUGCGUCUGCAAUUUCGUCAUCGAGUUGGGUCUUCAGGACGUAGAGCUUCCCCUUGGUUUCACCUUCUCGUUCCCUAUGACCCAACAUUCGUUGGACAUUGGAACACUAGUGACCUGGACGAAAACCUUCAAUUGCCCUGACGCUGUCAACGAGGAUGCCGUGAAAUUGUUACGCGAAGCUUUGGACCGUCGCGGCGAUACCAAAGUGAAGGUUGUCGCCGUAUUGAACGACACCACAGGAACGUUGGUUCAGGGAUCAACCUUAGAUCCUGAUACAGCAAUUGGUCUCAUAUUGGGUACCGGAAGCAAUGCUUGUUAUCUUGAACGAGCGGAUCGAGUCGAGCAUUGGGAGACCGAACGACACGGAGAACGUGAAGUUAUUAUCGAUAUCGAAUGGGGUGCAUUCGGAGAUAACGGCGUUCUGGAUUUCAUCAAGACAGACUAUGAUCGCGAGAACGACGCGAAUUCUCUUAUUGUGAAUUCAUUCACGUUUGAAAAGUACAUUAGCGGUAAAUAUUUAGGCGAGCUCGUGCGAGUGAUUCUCGCGAGGUUAACCAAAGAAGGAUUCUUAUUCAUAGGAGAACACACGCCGGGAUGUAUUCUGAUUCCUGGAAAUCUCACAAGCGAUUUGGUUUCAGACAUUGAACAAGACUCCGUGGACGGCGGUAGCAGCAACACGAUAGAAGCCUUGAGGAAGUUCAAUAUCGUCCCGGAUGAAGAGGACGUGAAGGUUGUUCAAUACGUCUGCGAGGUAGUGUCCAAUCGUGCAGCGCUCCUUGUAUCGAUAUGUCUUGCGGUUUUACUGAAACGAAUCGAUAAGGAGCACGUGACAAUUGCUGUAGAUGGAUCCCUCUACAAGCAUCAUCCCAGACUGGAAACCUGGAUUAAGCAAUACAUUCCAUUACUAGCUCCUGAUCACAAGUUCAAGAUAAUUCAUGCCGAAGACGGAAGCGGAAAGGGUGCAGCGUUGGUCGCAGCAAUCGCCCAAAGACUCCAGGAAAGAAUAGACUAGU